CGGGAUGCAAAGUAAUACGUUCGUUUGUUACUGACUAGAUGUCGAUCAGGACCUGGAAUAUCAGGAAAAGUUGUCUGUCAAUCAGUUCAUGGGAGCGGCCAGCUUUCUUUUUUCAAGGUCACCUCCCUGUUGGGAGCCGGAGUGCUAAACAGGACUCCUUCAGCAGCAAUGACAGACCUGGAGCUAUUUCAUCCGCGGAAGCCAGCCAUGGACAACCGGGGACGAGCAGUGUUCCUUAACCCCUCAUCCACUGGUGAGCCUCAACAGAGUGAAUGGGGUGAACCCCAAGCCAGGCGGCGUUCUUUGACCUGUAACCCGCCCGAUUCCUUUAAGAAUCAUAUUCGACACCACAUUAUGUGGGGAUUGGGCGGGGUCGUCGAGCCCAUGGAAUUCUUCUGGUCAGAUUGGCGGCGGUUGUGCUACUCGCACUGGUUAUCCUACUUGUACCGAUUACAUUUGUGCAAAAGAGGGGAUUUUGAUGUUUACUGGGAAGUUAGGAGUGUUAAGUUUUGCCAAUAGCACCUCAUGGGUCUCGACGGUCUCGAUGUGCACUUUAUUAAUUCAUUUAAGGGAAGGGC